AUGCCAUCCCGUCCCGUCACCUCCCUCGAUCCGAUCCAUCCUCUCACUGCCUCUUUCUUUGUAAUACAUACGCCGCCUGCUGCUGCUGCCGCCCUUCCAAGCUCGGUACCGGCAGUCUGGCACGCCUGCGCCUCUGAGCCUGAGGUGAGCCGACCUCCAAUGUCCUCUGUUGGGUCUCCGAUCACUGGCCUGUCGCCAAGAAGUCGUCGCUCGUCGUCGAUGGAUCAGUCACCGCCUGGGCAGCCGCCGACCAAUACCAUUGAAGUUGACUCGGAUCUCAAUGACACAGACUCUACUUAUCCCGAAUCAGAGGCUGCAACUGAUGGCAUGUCGCUGAGGUCUUCCAUCCUAAACUACAAGUGGGAAAAUUCGCGACGCUACCAUGCCUACAAAGAUGGCUCCUACUGGGCCCCUAAUGAUGAACAACAACAGGACGCCGAAGACUUGAUUGAAUUCGCAGACGAACAUCCGUCUGCCGCUGUCCUAGGCAUCGAUCUAUCUCCGAUCCAACCAAAUUUCGUCCCACCCAACUGCCGGUUCAAGGUUGACGACGUCAACGACGACUGGACAUUCGGCGAGAACCACUUUGACUUUAUCCAUAUCCGAGCCAUGAUCGGCUGUGUCCCAGACUGGGUUGAGCUUCACAGAAAAAGCCUAAGGUCUCUCAGGCCCGGCGGUUGGGUAGAGCAGGUGGAAUUAUCAGCCAUCGCUCAGUCAGAGGAUAAUACCAUCAGACCAGACUCUCCGUUAAUCACCUGGAAGGAAAUAUUCGAAGAGGUGGGCAAAUUGACAGGCAAGACCUUCAUGGCGUGUGAAACCGUCGGCGAUGCCAUCAGAGAAGCCGGUUACGUCAACGUCACCGAGCGACGGAUCAAGCUACCAAUCGGCAUGUGGCCCAAAGAUAAGCAACUAAAGCAAUGGGGUGCGUGGAAUCGCCAGUACCUUCUCCAAGGGCUAGAAGGCUUUUCCAUCCGGGGGCUGAUAGAAUUGUUGGGGUGGAGCGUUGAAAGAGUGCAAGAAUUCUUGGAUGAGAUGCAGAGGGAACUUCUGGAUAGUCGCGUUCACUCAUAUCUUGAGCUCGCUCAUGCGCGGACGCUGGCCAACGUGGUUUUCAGCCAACCCACGACUCCGUGGGAGCGGGAAAUCCCCCUUGGGAAAGACCUUGAGAAAGAUGUUGGCUCCAACAAGCUGCCAUACAUGGGCGUAUUGACCUUUUCGGACGAAGAGCUGCUCCUGGACCCAGAGGCAUACAAGGGCUUUGGCUUCAAGGAAGAGUAUGAGCUGUCAACUGAGUAUGGCUCUAUCGUCACCACGGCUUCUAGACCCUCUGAUCCUGGUUUUCCAAUCAAGUCAGCCUUGAAUGCACCAGGAGCAAGUAAAGACUUUAGUCUUGAAGAUCAUCUAUCCCUGCUGGUGCUUGACUCGGAGAUAUUCAAGAAAGUCUUCAGGGCGUACGGCGACGAUAACAGGCCAGUCUGGAACGGGAAUGCCGACUUGUCAAAAUUCGCAUUCAUGGCAUCGACGCAGGAUAGCGGCAGUGGCUUCACGGCAAGCUCUUUUGCAGACGACAGCGACGUCCACAAGAUCUCUCUUUCAGCCGACGAGGUCACCGGCCAGUAUGUUGGCUUGGUAUCUCUGCAUGCGUGGGAGUGGAUAGCCGUUCCAGAUACUGCAAGCGACUUUGGUCAGAUUAUGACAAAUUUGGGUGACACUAUAGGUCCUCUCUUCGGGCCCUACAGCGAUCAAGUCAAAGGAGGACCUUCUGAGGCACUAGCUUGGUCGAAAGCCAGAGCUGAGGAGGGAUAUGUACUGAAGCCGCAUACAGACAUUACGGGAGCGCAGACCAGGGUUCUGAUGCGAGGUCCGCUGAUCCCCGUCGAGCCAAGCGAGGACCCUACUGAGGCCUUCUCACUCUAUGGCGAGGGCCUUGCACGGUUUGACAAGAAGACGGGAAUCCCAGACGUCUCUUACAAGUCAGCGUGGACACUUGGUCGAUCCAUGAUGAUGGCUGACCGGGCUGUGAGCGCAAGCCUACUUCGUCUCAGAGGCAACAUCCAUUCCGAGGCCGUUCGCCGAGCAAAGGCAAAGGCCCUCUAUCAAAAGGGUUACGGAAUCCUCAGCAAUAGAGACAUCUAUCUUGCCGGCUUGGAAGACGCAGUCAAGCAUCUGCAGAAGGCCCAAGACGUAAGUGGCAUUCACAAGAGAAACGCUGCAGAUCGAUGGGCUCGCCCCGACAAUUCCAAUCUCCCCGUCAUGCGGCUAUCAAACGACACUUCUUACACUAUCGCCGACUAUCAGGACCAGAUCGACCAGGUCACCCUGCACAUGUUUGGCUACGAGUCCAAGGACGCAGAGGGCAACCCUGUUCCAGUACGCCAGAUCGACGCUGAUGCAGCUACCAUCCGCGCCUGGGCUGUCGAUCGCUUCCUCCUCGCCGGCGUCCCAAUGCAUAGCCUCAUUCUUGACCCAGAAAUGUUGCCUGAAGAGUCUAUUCGGACUUUCUGCGUCGACAACAACUGGAUCGACUGGCUCGUCGACGGUGGGCUGAGUCUUGCGAACCACUUUGCGCGUGAUGACGACGCCAUCCGAAGGUCCUUCAAGGAAUGCAUCAACACGUAUCUCAACACUCCCAUGGAUGGAGGGACGAUUCCUCAGCUGCCACGCUGGGGGUUCCUCAUGCGCAGCACCGCCGUCAGCGCGUUUCCAGACCUCAAAGUAGAGGCGCCACUUCCUGAAAACGCACCUCACAAUGCCCGUCAGGUGCAGUUCAUGCAAGUCCUGGCCGAGGACGUCCUCGUGUGCCUGUUCGACCGUCUUCCCGGGGAACAAGAGUUCAGCUACAUCCGCAUCAGUCAACCACACCAUCAGCAGGGCUUCUGUCUUGGUAAAAGUCUGUCCGACAGCGAGCUGCAGGUGUACCAUCGCCCAGUGCCGGAGAAGAUCGGCCAAAACGUUGGCUCCACGGUUGGGGAGCAUUUCGAAGAUAAAGACACAGUUCUGGGUUUGGACUUCAAAGCUCGCAUGCUGCGGCCAGCAAUGUACAUGAAAAAGUACCAUGAGGCUAUCAAGGACAGGGAGGGCGCUUACAAGGGUGCGUCCGACUCGUCGUUGCUACUUGCCACACAGCUUAGGACCUAUAAUUUACGACUGCAACUGAACGCAGAGAGCGAUAAAAGCCACGGUGUUUCAAGUUCCCAUCGAUGGACAAAAGCAGCAUUCAAGCUUUCAACAGGAUCGAGGCCGGGUCCAGGCACCGAGGAAUCUGGAAAAGAGUCGGCACCUCCUGAGUCUAGAGUUCGAGCACCUCCCAGUAGCAAUGUCGCUUUGCCAACUGGCCCAAGAGUUCGGAUUCACCCUCCCAUCUCUCCGUACGACUUUGAGGCAAAGAGCAGCAUUCAGAAAAAGCCUCAAACACUUCACGAGCUUGAGUCCAGCAACACGCUCCCGUACUCGGCGACUCCCCUACAUGUCAACUGCUGCCUCUGCUACGAGCCAGGAAACACCAGCAACAUAAUUUACGCGCCAGAGACACCGACUGAUCUCAUAUUCAACAUAAGCGCCGAAGAGUCUAGCGGCCUUCCAGCCGAAGUAGAACUUCGCAUCCCCGUCGCCCUCAGCUCUGGGAUAUACCCUCCCAAAGUCAAAGAUGGGUCUCGGGGUGUCAUUGUGAUUCCAGGCACUGGUAAUCAGCCGAUAACUCCUGCGCUUGAGGAUCUAAGCCCCAGUGAGUGGUGGUCGUUUGAUCACAAGCUCGCAACAUCGAGCCUCUACUCUUUCAUCCCGGAGGCGCUCCCCGAUGAGGGCGAUUCUAUCCCUAUCGAGACUGGGAAACUCGUCAUGCUCAUCAUCAAAAUCGAGCCACGGCUUAAAGGCCUGGUCGCCCCUCAGACAACGUCGUUCAAGACAUCAUUCCUUCUGCGAGGCGUCACUUUCCUCCUGCCGAAGCCGAAGCCGGACCCUUCUGCCGAUUGGCCUGCUGGGCCAUCGAGGGAUGCACGAUUCGACUUGCUGUGGCGACCAAGCAGCCCUAGCCGACAGACAAGUGUACGGACAACCCAGCUGACAAUCCGGCCUGCCACCAUUGCCACCCUUGAGGACGAGAAGAUCAAUUUCGACCUGAACACGCAGACUCUCAAUCUCGUCUUCUUCUUGUCUCGUCUUCCUCCCUCGGGAGCCCAAGCCCGCCUCAUCGUCACACGACAAGGUGUCGGUAAGCCGUUCGAGGAGACCUUCGAGCUUCCAAAAGAUCCAAAGUCUGAUCCUGACGGCCGAGGCUACCGGUAUUCCUCCCACAAGGUCAUCUCUAAGCUCGGAUAUUUUGUACCUCGUGAGACGAGACUAACAAUUGUGGCCCCGGACAAUGGGCGCAUGCUAGGCCCAGACUCGGCACCGUUUGUGUUCUCACAGGUUCCAAGCAGAGAAGACCUCCAAGGCUCAUGCUCCUUUUAUUGGGGUUGGGACCACCACAUAUCGAUAAUAUGGCCACCACUCAACACCGCACAUGUGCCCGUCAAUCACAAGAUUGCCAUCAUUAGCCGACUGCAAGGGUCCUCAAAACCGGAGCUCAGUCGCGAGCCAACGGGCAAGGAAAAAGAGAUUGUCCGCUUCAAAGGGGAUGAGCUUAAGGAUUAUGGGAAUGAAAGCUUGGGGCUUACAAUCAAGGUGACCAUCACGGUGGACGACACCUCGAUCCAUGGAACAGUGGUCGAGUGGGUGGCAAAUCUCAGUACAAUGCCAACCGUAAAAGAAACAGUAGAAGAACACGGAAUGGCCGUGACGACACGCCUGGAGAAUCCUGGCCCAGCUCCCCCGGUUUCCACCAGCCGGUUCCAAAGCAUGCGUUUCUGGAGCGAGUCAGGGACAGCGGGUUUCAAAACUGACAUGUGGUACUGGAGAGAUAGCAAACGCCUCGCCGGAAUCCGAUGGAACGCUUCAGAGGCAACAGCAUACGAAGAGGCUGGUCCCAAUGUCCCCCAGUCCAAGCCUGACCUCACGGGGGCGGGCGCCCUUGCCGUGAUUCAGAUGCACCAAGAUCGACGGUUCAAGAUUGUCUGGAUCGGAAACGACGGUAGCGUCAAUCUCUGGUCACGAGAGAAUGAAGGAAUGGGGCCCGAGAACUGGAGUUACGGCGUCCUCGCGCCUCCAGGCAGCGCAUCAACGCUCGGCGGGGGCUGCUUGGCCGCCUGCGGCGAGGUGCCAGUCAAGGAGCCUCGACCACGACGCAAUCCCGUCAUCUGA